AUGUUUGCCCGCGUUGGUGAACUGCUACAGCUAUUUGGUCAAGUUGACUGGGCUCUGCGGCCCAGGACAUUCUGCAUCUUGCGCGUGUUGGGCUGCCAAGAGCUGAUGGACUCCUUUGUUGCACUCAAGAUGACUGAUGCGUCUCUGCCAUACAGCGCCGGCAAUCUACCAAAUGCGAUCAAGGGCGAGAGGCGGUCUCGAUUCUUGAAGUUACAGAAGUUCGUUCUCUCCAAUCCGGAUCUUGCACACCUGGAAAAGGACGGCGGAUCUCAUCUUAGCUUCCCAGUCGUCGCCGACGGAUACUUCUCAUCGAUCCAGCCUCUGGGCGAAGGCGGGACUAGUAUGGUAGAUCACGUUUUUGGCCCAAUGACCUUGAAACAUUUCGCCAGAAAGCGUAUCCAUCGUGGCAAAUCGGCGCUCGCAGACCAGAGGGCCCUGAAUGUUUUUCUCAAUGAGCUCGAAAUACUCAAAAAAGCGUCGCACCGACAUCUUGUGAAGCUGGUCUCCUCCUACACCGAUCCCACUUACGUUGCGAUAAUUAUGCGACCUGUGGCUGAUGGGCAUCUCAGGAAUUACCUGCAGCAACCAUUGAGCAGGCAUUCGGAUCGAAACGCUCGCCAGCAGUGCAUUCGAACAUUCUUUGGAUGUCUGACAAAAGCCCUUGAAUACCUCCACUCGAACAACAUCCAACACAAAGACAUAAAGCCGCACAACAUUCUCGUGAAGGGGAAUGAGGUGUAUCUUACCGAUUUUGGCACUGCAAAAGCCCAUGGAGAGUCCAGUCGAAGCAAUUCCACGGGGCCUGUUCGUGCUUUCACGCCCAAGUAUGUCGCACCUGAGAUUUAUGUGUAUGAUCCUCACGGAAAGCCAAGUGAUAUAUGGUCAAUGGGGUGUGUGUUCUUGGAGAUGGUCACGAUUCUGCACGAUCGUACGCUGGAGAACAUGGAAAGAUUUUACUUAGAGCACGGCACCAAGUACGGACCAUACCAUUUGAACCAGUUGGCUACGGCGGCGUGGAUCGAUGAGUUGUGUCAGACGUCAACUGCCUCGGACCUCGAGCCCUUGACAUGGAUUCAAGAGAUGUUGGAAGCACAACCUGCUUCCCGCCCGACGGUCUCGCAAGUAUUGGCAUCGAUAUCAGACGCA